AUGUCUAGAUCAAACAGUGUCAGCCCACCCGGCGUCGGUGCCCCCGGGUUGAGGGGAGGGACCGAGCACAGAUCAGCUUGGGGAGAGUCUGAGUCCGUGGCCAACGGGUGCCCAUACUCAGCCAGAUCCCCGCGCAAGAAGCUCACCCGGACCAACAGUCGGUGGAGGGAGGAGGAUGAUCUGGAGCACCGGCAGCCCGGGGGGCGAGCCACCACCACCACCACCGUCAGUAGGGUCAGCUUCAGGUCCAGGUCCGCUUGGCAGGACCAUGGCGAGGACAAAAACCGUGCGUCGUCCCCUAAGCGUCCAGACGGCGAGGUGAGACCCAAGUCUGUGGAGUUAGGACUGGAUGAGCGCAGGGCCAAGGCGAGGAGCGACGAGGAGGAGGUCAUGCCCGAAGUAAACUUUUCCGUAGUGGCGUGCUGCACCAGCGUUAUGCACAUUUUCAAAUCCAAGAAGUUCCAGUCGGAGAAGUUGGAGCGGCUCUACCAGCGCUACUUUUUCCGGCUGAACCAGAGCAGCUUGACGAUGCUCAUGUCGGUGCUGGUGCUGGUGUUCACGGUCAUGCUGGGCUUCCACUGCUCCGGUGGCCCAGAGAAGCCCAACGUGACUUUCGCGGUGGUGUUUUCCGUGGCCAUCUUCCUCACCCUGGUUCUCAUGGUGGUGUGCAAUAGGAACGCGUUUCACCAGGACCACAUGUGGAUCGUGUGCUACGUGGUCAUCCUGCUGGUGAUGGUGAUCCAGGUGAUCGGAGUGCUGCUCGUUCGGCCCAGAAGUGCCUCGGAGGGCAUCUGGUGGACCGUGUUCUUCAUCCAUGUCAUCUACACGCUGCUGCCCGUCAGGAUGCGCGCAGCAGUCGUCACUGGAGUUAUUCUUUCUGCCAUUCACGUGGCUGUUUCUUGGAUGUUAAACGGCAUGGACAGUUUUCUCUGGAAACAGAUAGUGUCCAACGUGCUGAUCUUCUCGUGCACCAACAUCGUGGGGGUAUGCACUCAUUACCCCGCCGAAGGGUCGCAGCGACAGGCCUUCCAGGAGACCAGGGAGUGCAUCCAGGCCCGCCUGCACUCCCAGAGAGAGAACCAGCAGCAGGAACGCCUUCUGCUCUCGGUGCUUCCCCGCCAUGUCGCCAUGGAGAUGAAAGCCGACAUAAACGCCAAGCAGGAGGACAUGAUGUUUCACAAGAUCUACAUCCAGAAGCACGACAACGUCAGCAUCCUGUUCGCAGACAUCGAGGGUUUCACCAGCCUGGCGUCGCAGUGCACGGCGCAGGAGCUCGUGAUGACGCUCAACGAACUGUUCGCCCGAUUUGACAAACUGGCAGCGGAGAACCACUGUCUGCGGAUAAAGAUCCUGGGCGAUUGUUAUUACUGCGUCUCCGGGCUCCCAGAGGCCCGCGCCGACCACGCCAGCUGCUGCGUGGAGAUGGGGAUGGACAUGAUCGAGGCCAUCUCGCUGGUACGUGAGGUCACCGGGGUGAACGUGAACAUGCGAGUGGGCAUCCACAGCGGCAGAGUGCAUUGUGGGGUGCUGGGACUCAGGAAGUGGCAGUUUGACGUCUGGUCCAAUGACGUCACGUUAGCCAAUCACAUGGAGGCCGGGGGCCAAGCUGGACGAAUCCAUAUCACCAAGUCCACUUUGAAUUAUCUGAAUGGAGACUACGAUGUGGAGCAAGGAUCAGGGGGAGACAGGAAUGCCUACCUGAAGAAGAACAACAUAGAAACCUUCCUCAUUGUGGGAUGCAGUCAGAAAAGGAAAGAUGAGAAGGCCAUGAUAGCCAAGAUGAAUCGACAGAGAGCAAACUCUGUGACGCACAACAGCGGCCAUUGGACCGACAGACCGUUUUACAACCAUCUGGGCGGCAACCAGGUGUCCAAGGAGAUGAAGAGGAUGGGCUUUGAAGACCCUAAAGACAAGCAUUUCAAUUUCAGAAACACACAAGAAAACCUGAACCCAGAGGACGAGGUGGACGAGUUCCUGGGCCGCGCCAUCGACGCCCGCAGCAUCGACCGCCUGCGCUCCGAACACGUCAAGAAGUUCCUGCUCACCUUCAGAGAGCCCGACCUGGAGAAGAAGUACUCCAAACAGGUGGACUCCAGGUUCGGGGCGUACGUUGCCUGCGCCUCCCUCGUCUUCCUCUUCAUCUGCUUCAUCCAGAUCGUCAUUGUGCCAUCCUCCAGUCUGAUGAUCGGCUUCUUCACCACCGGCCUCGUCAUCCUCACCGCCGUCAUGUUCGUCUCCACUGUGUACUGCUGCUUCGGGCUGUUCCCCGUCCCUCUGCAGACGCUCUCUAAGAGGAUUGUGCAGUCCAGACUGAACAGCACCCUGGUGGGCAUCUUCACCAUCAUCAUCGUAUUUCUUUCUGCCUUCAUCAAUAUUUUCACCUGCAGCAGCUUGGACCUGCGCAGCUGCAUCCGGGAUGAGCUGAACCUCAAUCUCUCCGGGGUGAACGCCUGCCACGCUCACCUGCUCAACUAUAGCCUGGACGCCCAGCACGAGUCCUUCGGAGAGGACGCCCUCAUCUGCAGCUUCCCUGAGUACUUCUCCUGCUGCGUGCUGCUCAGCCUGCUGGCCUGCUCCGUCUUCCUGCAGAUCAGCAGCAUCGGGAAGCUCUUCCUCAUGCUCUUCAUCGAGCUGCUCUACCUGCUGGUCAUGGAGGUUCCCAAAGUCAGUCUGUUCGACAACCAGGACCUGCUGGUGAUGGCCAACACCGUCACCAUCGUCGAGCACAUGAAUGGAACAAGCCCCAGCUGCAUGAUGUACUCCAAGGUUCCUCUGAAGAUCAUGACCCCGGUGGUCAUCACAGUCUUCGUCCUCGCUCUCUAUCUUCACGCUCAGCAGGUGGAGUCCACGGCCAGACUCGACUUCCUGUGGAAGCUGCAGGCCACGGAGGAGAAGGAGGAGAUGGAGGAGCUGCAGGCGUACAACAGGCGUCUGCUCCACAACAUCCUGCCCAAAGACGUGGCGGCUCACUUCCUGCAGCGCGAGCGGAGGAACGACGAGCUCUACUACCAGUCCUGUGAGUGCGUGGCCGUGAUGUUCGCCUCCAUCAGCAACUUCUCCGAGUUCUACGUGGAGCUGGAGGGCAACAACGAGGGCGUGGAGUGUCUGCGGCUGCUCAACGAGAUCAUCGCAGACUUCGACGAGAUCAUCAGUGAGGAUCAGUUCCGUCAGCUGGAGAAGAUAAAGACCAUCGGCUCCACCUACAUGGCGGCCUCCGGCCUCAACGACUCCACCUACGAUAAGGUCGGCCGCUCGCACAUCCGCGCGCUGGCAGACUACGCCAUGAGGCUGAUGGACCAGAUGAAGUACAUCAACGAGCACUCCUUCAACAACUUCAAGAUGAAAAUAGGUCUCAACAUCGGCCCUGUGGUUGCCGGGGUGAUCGGGGCGAGGAAGCCUCAGUACGAUAUCUGGGGAAACACGGUGAACGUGGCGAGCCGCAUGGACAGCACCGGGGUACCGGAGAGGAUCCAGGUGACGGCGGACAUGUACCAGGUGCUGAGCUCCUAUAACUACACCCUGGAGUACAGAGGGCUGGUCACAGUGAAGGGCAAAGGGGAGAUGAUGACCUACUUCCUCACCAGCGGACCCCCGUGCAGUUAACCUCUACUGAGUGACAGACAGACACACUGGGGUCACGCGUUAACCCCGCCUCCUGCAGGCUAACGGACCCUAUGGCGGACUGAGACUAAACAAAGCGGCGAUUCUCAAAAACCUGCUGAGGAACAGGAUGAGGAAAAUCAUCCCGAGGCUCAAAGCCAGCGCAGGGGACUCUAUGAAAAGAGGCCGAGCUCGCCUGAAUCUGCCAUUGAGACCAAAGAUGUCCAAUGUCCAAUCAGAGCAACCGAAGAAUAUUCCUAUUCGCUUUCCCAUUUUACAGACGGUUUUGGGACAAACAUGCCACUUCCUGUCUCUCUCUCUCUCUCUGCCUUUUCACCUGCUGAAAACAUGUCAAACACAGACGGUUUUAUGUGUAUGAUUUUAUGCUCUGUAUGUUAAAACACAUUUUGGUCCAUGUUGUCGUGGUACAAAGUGUGGACGCUCAGCACCGCAGCACUACCCGUCCUUUUACCAAUAUCUGAUCAGAAACUAAGGUACAGCUGUGUCCUAUUGGAGAAAAGUGUGUCUGACGGAUGAGAAGUCGUGGGAAACGCUCCGCAGUGUUAGCAGAAAGCUUCUCGUUUAAAUUCAUAAGCCACAGUAUCAUCACGAAACACAAAGAGGAUGUCAAAGAAGAGCUUUUUUUCUAAUUCUUCGACAUUUUGUAUUUUGACUUCAGAACACCAAACCCUAUCAGAUAUUUUAAGAUUCUAUAUUUUGUACAUUAAUAUAUUAGAGAGCUAUCUAUAAACACCAAUGUGUAUUUCAGAUGUACAUACUGCAUCCUGUCGGGACUUAGCGUAGCGCCACAGCUAAUCAUUUAGCUUCAGCAGAUUGGUUUUUUUCGCGCUUUUUUCACAUAAUUGAGCAAAUCCUUUCUGCAGGAAGUUACAAUUCGCCGACUUCAUUGCGGUUUCUGAUUAUUCACGUCGAACCGAGUGAGUGCGUGCUUUGAAUGACAGACUAAAGGACGCUAAUGCAUCUGUCUUUUUGCACUCCAGUGCUUUAAGCUGUCCACUUUUUGCUACAUCGCUCCACAAACCCCCCUUUUCUUGCUUGCUCAAUCAGAUGGUACGACCCAAUGAAUGUCCAAUGAUGAGGCCUUUAAUCUGAACUGUACACUGACGGGGGGGAUGUGGAAAUGUGCCCUUUUUAUCUGCUGGUUUUUUUGUCUUUGUUUUCCAAUCGGAGCAGUUUUCUUCAGUAUUACAGCCUCACUCAACAUGUCAUCAACAUACUUGCCAACCCUCCCGAUUUUCGCGGGAGACUCCCGAUUUCAUUGCCCUCUCCCGGUUUCCUUCCGGGGUCAUAUUUCUCCCGCAUUUCUCCCGAUUUCUGACUAAA